AUGAAGUCGGUCAACCUCCCUACUGCAGCUGGCUCCUUGGCAGCUGCGCUUCUCCUCAUCGGUUCCUCGGUAGCACCGGUUGCUGCCCAGUCCGCCGCCACCAACGUCUCGGCCAUCCCUUCCAACAUCUCGGCCACCUGCACUACCUUCCUCUCCACUCUCAAUUCGGAUUCGCAGCUCGACGCUUGCACAAAGCCUCUCCUUGCAGCUACCAAGUUGUACUCUUCCAAUUCCACUGAUUCCGCCGCUCAGCUCGACUCGACGCUCGCCGACCUUUGCUCGAGCAACACCGGCUGCGAUGCCGACAUCAUCCGCCAGCGUCUCGACGAGUUUUGGCAAAACUGCCACACUGACCUUCAGAGUAACAAUGCCGUCGUACAGGCCAUGUACGACAACCUCUACAUGAUCACCCCGCUCGUCAACUCGAUCUGCAGCAAGGACGAAAAGAACGACUACUGUCUCAAAACCAUCGCAAAGGCAGCUGCCAGCUCUUCCCGUGUUCCCUCCUCCAACAGGCGCAGAGAUCUCGCCGAUGACCAAGACCAGGACGACAAGGAGGCUGAUGACGAUGACAACGAUGACGACGAUGACGACGAAGGAGACACUGUUGCUGAGCUUAUCAAGAGGCAAUCAUCUACCACCACCACAGCGGCAGGAGAGAACCUUGGUGGCCUGUACAACGAGACCGAGAUCACCGGCAAGUCCAACACCAACGCUGCCUUCCUCUUUAUCUCUUCUUCCAGCCCCAAAGCCAUCCUCUGCUCGGUAUGCACGCAGAACAUUCUGGCUUCCUACAUCAAGUUCGAGACUUCGAUCCCUUACGCCAUCGGUCUCCGCACGUCCAAGAUCUUGGCACCUCAGAGCGACAUUUACAAAGCUGCCAAGACCGACUGUGGUCAUGACUUUGUCGCCCAGGUUAACAAGAUCGCAAACACCACCCAGUUUGCUGCUGUCGUCAGCAGCGCGCCUUUCGCUGGCGCUAGGUCUGGCGUCGCCGCCCUCGCCACCCUGGCUGCUUCCGCUGUGGUUGCUCUCGUAGCUCUCUAA